UAUCCCAAGCUUCUUUUUUCGAUGGAAGUGGAGCUGCUUCCUCCGGUCAUCCAUGAGAGCGAAGCCUUCUCCUCCUCCUCCUCCUCCUCCUGCCCUUCCAUGAAAACAUCUUAUGGCCCCAAUGCCUCAAAGUCCUCCUCCAAUCCCGCCGAGAACAGAUCUAAGAAACCGGAGCGCUGCCGCAACGCCGCCGGCGGAGAAACCAAGAAGCGGAGCAAGGAGGGGAAGCACUCGCUGUACCACGGCGUGCGGAUGAGGAACUGGGGCAAGUGGGUGUCGGAGAUCCGCGAACCGCGCAAGAAGUCGCGGAUUUGGCUCGGUACGUUCCCCACCGCCGAGAUGGCCGCCCGCGCCCACGAUGUAGCCGCGAUGACCGUCAAGGGCCAGGCCGCCCACCUCAACUUUCCCGAACUCGCCGCCACGCUCCCCCGCCCCGCCACCGCCGCGCCCAAAGACAUCCGGGCCGCCGCCGCCCUCGCCGCCUCAUUCUCGCGGUCGCCGCCGGAUCCGCAGUCCCCGCCGACCCCAUCGGCCGAGAACGCCGACGAAGAGACGGUGUUCGACCUCCCGGAUCUGCUCCUCGACCUAAGAGAAGGCUUCUCCCGCUCUUCCUCGAUCGGGGUGGAGUUCCCAAUCGAGGAUCCAUUCUUGUGGGAGUGCUACUUAAGCUCAAGCCUCGCAUCGGAAAAACCCUAAUUCUUUACCGCUCGCGGUUCGACUGGAAGCUUCCCACAGCUGGAUAUCUGCAUCGAAUUGUACAAAACCAAAUCUUCCUCUUUAAUCUGCAACAAUUAACGCGAUUCGAGGUCCGAUGCAACAAGAACACUACAGAAGCCCACAAAAAUGAAGCUUUCCAAUCGAUGAGUGUGAAUAGGUAAGCUAUGAUAUCGUUUGUCUGUAAAAAAACAAAAAAAUAAAAAUUUUUUUAAAAAAAUCCUGGAUUGGAGCCUCUUUAUUCUCCGAAAGACUACAAGAAUCUUCUAGCAUUAGCCAUUAAGCAAUAAUGUGCUUUGUCCUCCUUCAGUGGAAGUGCAUCGCAUUAAUGGAGCAAAAGCAAGGCACUUUAAUCAGUGCUUUUAAAUUGUA